AGGAUCCACAAGGGUGGCAGAAAGCUCAUUCACAUUCCCAAAACAAUCAUCAUAAUCAUCCACAGCAUCAGCAGACAACUUCCCAACAUGGCAUUCAAAACUCAAAUAUUCCACAGGGAUAUGGAGUGAUUUACGAAUUACAUGGAUUUCCGUCCAACAAAGAACAGGUGCCAAUGCACAAAAAACAUCAGGAAUACAAACCUGUUCCAUCCCAGUUCCCUGUGCCUCCCAAUGAAUCUCCAUCACAGGAAAUGGGAAUGUCACGCAAAAUUCAGGGCAAUUAUACAGAAAAUCACAAGCCUACAAAUAAUGGUCCUUCCAACAAAGAACAGCCAAGGGUGACUUGGAACCACGCAGAGUUAGAAAAUGGCCAAACAACCAACCAGACAAAACCAGGAGGGAUACUAAAGAACAAUGGUAGCAACGAGGCAGACCACACUAAUCAAGCAAAACCAGGAGGGAUACUCAGGAAUGGGAGUAGUGGUCCCAGUAACAACAAGACUAAAACUGAGCAAGGUUUCAAAGUUUAUUAUGACUUCCUGGGGUUUCAGGAAGAGCAGUGUAAAGAGAAUGCUAUAGAUGUGUCUGCUCCUCAGCGCCACUCCCAGGGCACCACCAUGGCUUUACCUCAGUUAUCUCAGGCUUUCCAGGAUCUCAGCGCCAGUGAUCAAAAGCGCCAGCAGGCCAUUCAGAAGCUUAUUGCAUGUGAAGAAAUUUUUACGAACAGCAUGCAUGCAGGUGUGCAGCGCUACUCACGACCAUUGCGCCAUCAGAACAUGACACAACUACAGCAUUCCACUAUGUUCCAGAAUGUGGAAAAAAUUGUUGCCAUAUCUCAAUACCUAGUCAAUCAGCUCCACAGCCAUCAGGUCUCUUACCCUGGGGAACAGUUUAAAACCCAGGGGUACAUAGAUGCAGUGGGCUCAAUUUAUCACAAUAAGAUCUCAGUUGUAAGUGAAAGUUAUGAAACUUACUGCAAAGGUCUACCUGAUGCAGUGCAGUUGCUCAAACAACUUUCAGCAAACCAAGAAUUUGCCAAAUUUAUCCAGAAGCAGCAGAUAGAAAGUAUUGAUGGUCCUGAUCUCUUGUCAUUCCUUCACUAUCCACCAGAGCACCUGCGGCAGUUGUUGAUACUUCUUCAAAGUAUCCUUAGUCUUACACCGCUAGAACAUCAUGACCAGGCACAGCUGCAGAAAACAGUGGAAGGACUGAGGAGUUGCUGUAACAGGAUCUACAGUGGCAGUCUUCCUGCACCAAGUCUACAGUACUCCAACCAGCCAGCUACUUCCACGCCCAAUUCUUCCUCCACCAGCAGCAGAAGUAAUGUCAUCACAAACCAGCAAGUACUGGACAUACAGAAUAGGCUUUGCUUUGCUCAGAAUGUUCCAGUUUUCCAGUUGUAUGAUCCAAAGAGACAUCUCAUCCACACUGGGCAGUUACUGAAGGUAGAAGGAAGAAAAUGGAUACAGCUGUAUGCUUUGCUGUUCUCAGACCUGUUAUUGUUAACUGUUCCUGAGCCAGAGGGAAGUCUCAUUGUGGUGGAACAACCCAUUCUGUUCAAGGCUGUGACUGACAUUGAUUAUAACAGGAAGAACAAUGCAGAGUUUGUGUUUAAGCUACUGGAGGAGGAUCAGGGUGAGCCAGACAGUCUGUGUAUGAGAGCACUCUCUGUUGGUGAGAAACAGGAGUGGAAGACCCUGUUGGACCAGCAACUGGAGGUGGCCUUGGUUUAUUUCAAGAGUUUCUACGCACAGAAUUUAGUGAAGAGAAUAUAGAGUUCUGGAUUGCAUGUGAGGAGUUCAAGAACACCAAGCUGAGCAAGCUGGCCGACAAAGCACAGAAAGUCUACAGUGAUUUUGUUGCUGUCCAGGCACCCAAAGAGAUCAACCUGGACUCAAAAACUCGCCUUGCAACUUUACACACUAUCCGCCAUCCUGACCGUCAUGCAUUUGACGCUGCACAGAAACGCAUUCAGGGAUUGAUGGAGAAGGACUCGUACCCACGAUUUUUGCAGUCACAGAUGUACAAGCAGCUGAUCUCAUGAUGAUUUGACAGUGUGUGGGAGUUGUGACUUGUAAUGUUAGUGCAUUUACGGGGAAUGGCCAACCCUGAAAAGGGGUAUUCACCAUGACACUGAAUACGGAUUUCUCAGCUCUGUAUCACACUGUUCUUUUGGGAGUUGCUAAUGGCUCAAUUUACUUUCACAAAAUCAUACAGACUGUAAAUUGGGAGCCCCAGUUACUAUACUAAUAAUUCUGCAGUUAUCAGCAGCUCAAUUUACAUAUUAAGGUAAUUUUUACACAAGAAGGUCCAUAUGGAUAAUAUUAUUGCCAUUGACAAGAAAAGUCAACCUUCAGGUUAAAAUAUGUGUUUCACUCUGAAUUUUGAAUAAACGUUAUGUCCAUGGGCACAAAGUCACAGAUUACAAGACUUGGUAAUAUUUACAGUCGCAGAACUCGAAUUUAUUAAAAAAUAUAUAAAAGCAGUUCUGAGUGACUUUUACAAGUGAAAUACACUUGUAUGUCUUUAACUUUUGCUGUGCAAAGUACAGUGGCAUACCACAAAGGAAAAAGAAAAGCAUUUGUGUUGCAGAAAAUGCAUCAUUUAUUGGAAAGUACAAUGUGUACUUUAGCAAGCAUGACAAGGGGGGUGUCUUUACGUUAAGAGUGCCGUUUGGUUUGUAUGAUAACAGUCAUAUUUGUAUAACCAAAAGUUAUAUAAUAAUGUUUUCUAGAACAAACAAAAAUGAUUUCUAGGAAGAUGAGUUUCUUCCUACCAAUGGUGCCAAUGGCCAAUGUAAUGUAACAAAAAUAUAUUGUUUGCUUACAAUGAGCAAGUAAUUUUUCACAACUAUAGUAUUAAUAAUUUUAUCAUGUGUGUUAUUUUGUGUGAAUUAUAGACCAUAAUGUACAAAGUUACUUCAUACUUAUAUUGUUGCAUGAGAUGGAUUAGAAGGAAUUGGCCUUUUCAUUAAAAGCAGACAUGAGAUUUGAGAAGUUGGCCAGAAUCCUGUGACCUCAAACUUGGUGCAAGCUAUAUUUUGAUAACUAUUAAUUGUUGCUUAUGUCCUGAAUGAAGAAAAGGAUCAUUCUAGUUGUUAAAGAGACUAUGUACAUUUGCUACACGCCAUAUAUAUAUAUAAAUGAAUAUAUAUAUAUAUAU